UUGACUCUCCCACCCCCGCUUCCACAGGCCCCUGCCCGCCAAACGCCAACCGAGAAGCUGUUAUUUGCAUGACGCGCACUCGCCCUUUUAUCAAAACGCAAGCCACGCUUCGACAGGUUUCCUGAAAGCCUUUCACUUCCUCUUCUUUUUUCAUUUUCAUCUUAUUGCCGACAUUAGCUUCGCCCAUCAUAUUGCAACCGCAGGCGUUUUCGCGGCAUUGACCCUUCGUCAGCAUUGUUUACUCUGCAUCAGGAUUCCCCGCCAAACCUUGCCCAGAGCCCAAGAGGAGCUCCCUUUUGCUACAAGCCUUGUAUUCCGCCUCUCUUCGAUAUACUUCGUCGACUCUUUAUCAAAUAGAAGCACUCUCGACCGAUUCAUACCUACAAAAUGGCCAGCUUCGUCUCCAACUUCUUCCAGUCCAAGGAAAAGGGUGCUGAUUCACCCCGCCCUACCACACCGACAAAGACAAAUAGCUUCAUCAACCCAACAAGCACACCUCACGGCAGCCCAAGCAAGAAGACUGUCCCUCCCGGUGCCCACGACUUGCCCACAGCUUUUGAAAAUGCCAUGUCUCUGAACUCAACAGGAGUAGACUCUCCCGUAAGGCUCGCGCGCCCAAACAGCACAGUGACCCCUCUCUCGCCUGGCAAGCUCAACGCACAGCCGCUUGAAGAUAGCUUUAGCAUCGAAGACAGCAUUCUUCACAAGUCAAGUGCUGUCAACAGCCCUUUGAAGAAGCAGUGUCAAGAGAACACACCUCCCGUCUCUCAGCUCAACCAUGCCGCCGUGUCUCGUCACCAGCUAUACGAGUCAAAGGACCGGCCAUUGACCGCCACCAAGAAAUUCAACACUUCCCGCGGUUUGACCCCAGAAGAAUUGGAGAUUCUCCAGAAACCCAAUGUGCGCCGAAUGGUUAACGUCACACAGCUCUACUUCCUCGACUACUAUUUCGAUCUUCUCACAUACGUCGGAUCUCGACAAAAGCGACUUGCUGCAUUCAACGCCGAAGUGCCCCCGCCUCCCCAGACCGACGAAGAUGCGUUUAACAAGAUGUGGACAAAGUACACUGGACGCGAGCGAGCCAACCUUCGCAAGCGCCGCGUUCGUCUCCGCCACGGUGACUUCCAGAUCCUAACGCAAGUCGGACAAGGUGGCUACGGUCAAGUCUUCCUGGCUCAGAAGAAGGAUACGCGUGAAGUCUGUGCGCUCAAGGUCAUGAGCAAGAAGCUUCUUUUCAAGCUGGACGAAGUCCGACACGUCUUGACAGAGCGUGAUAUCCUCACAACCGCGCAAAGCGAGUGGCUGGUCCGUUUGCUCUAUUCUUUCCAAGACGACAAGAGUAUCUAUCUUGCCAUGGAAUAUGUGCCAGGUGGCGAUUUCCGCACCCUCCUUAACAACACGGGUGUGCUGUCCAACAGACAUGCUCGCUUCUACAUUGCAGAAAUGUUCUGCUCCGUUGACGCCCUCCAUCAACUAGGAUACAUUCACAGAGACUUGAAGCCCGAAAACUUCCUGAUUGACUCGACCGGCCAUGUCAAGCUUACCGAUUUUGGUCUCGCCGCUGGUGUUCUCGCCCCUUCAAGAAUCGAAUCUAUGAGAGUCAAGCUCGAGGAAGCAUCCGAGACUUCGGUCCCAUUCGGCAAGCCCAUCGAUCAACGUACCGUCGCUGAGCGUCGCGAGAACUACCGCACUAUGCGCGAGAAGGACGUCAACUAUGCCAAGUCCAUUGUCGGUUCUCCUGAUUACAUGGCACCCGAGGUUCUCCGUGGUGAGGAAUACGACUCUACUGUUGAUUACUGGAGCUUGGGCUGCAUGCUUUUCGAAGCACUCACUGGUUUCCCUCCCUUUGCCGGCUCAACGCCUGAAGAGACAUGGCGCAACUUGAAGCACUGGAAAGAUGUCCUCAAGCGCCCCGUUUGGGAAGACCCCAACUACUUCCUGAGCAACCGUACUUGGAACUUUAUCACAACUUGCAUCAACUCCCGUACCCGCCGCUUCUCGAAUAUUAAGGAUAUCUACGAACACCACUACUUCGCCGAGGUGGAGUGGGAUACCCUGCGCCAAACACGAGCACCUUUUGUUCCCGAGCUGGACUCGGAGACAGAUGCCGGCUACUUUGACGACUUCUCCAACGAGGCUGACAUGGCCAAGUACAAGGAGGUGCACGACAAGCAGCAGGCGCUCGAAGACAUGGCAGAUCGUGAAGAUGAAAUGAGCAAGAGCCUCUUUGUCGGCUUCACAUUCCGCCACCGCAAGCCCAUGACCGAAGACGGUGGUAGCCCGCGCAAGCGAAUCCCUACCGACGACGCAUUCGGCACAAUCUUUUAGAGCGAGCCAUUGUGCUCGCGUAAUGAUCUCUACCAACAAUGCUACGGACACAGACUGUCCGGACCGAGGUGCUCUCUUCGAUGAUAACACGCGCUAUUGUGGUGAAAAACUCGUAAACGACAGACACGCAACGGAGAUGUGGGAAAUGGUGGGGGUAUGAUGCAUAGAUUUCUGGCUACAGGUUUCUGGUGAUGGGGUUCUUUUUUCUUUCGUUGACGGGAUUCUUUGUUUGCACUUUUUUAUUUCUCUUUGUCUUUUUUUUUUCAUUGUUUCUGGAAACUCCAGCAUUGGUCUCAUAUUCAUUAUUCCGUUUAAUAUUUUCGGCUGUGACAGCCCACCUGUCACCUCUUUUUGUUUCCUUACCCUCUUAUGCCAUCACUACGUAUUUUUGCGUCUUCUUUUGUUCAAGUACACAAAAGCAACACUCUUAUGAUUACACUUUCUUGCAUCCAAUACUACGUGUGCUGUGAAGAAAAGGGUGAUGAAAAUGCGGUUGUAGGACUAUACGGCUAUUUGUAGUGACUUGUAUCAUCAAAGUAGUUCAAUUAUAGUGUUCUCCUCCCACGAGCUGGUAUGGCUGAUGGGAGCGAUCCAAACAAAAAGUACCCAGAUAAGACGCCUCCCCUCUCCCAUUUACAGAGUGUAUACAAAAAGAGAUUUGACAAUAUAAACCUAGACAUUUCCAUGUCCACAAUGGGGCCGAAUCCGCAAACAAGAAUAGUAGCAGCAAACUGGGCAAGCUUCGAUCAUGCCCAAGAUUGCGCCAAGGUAUCGCGCAUAAAAUAAAAACAAAAAAACAGUAACCAAUAACGCAAGUGGGGAAAAUAAAAACGCCCCAUCCCAUCCAAUUUAAGAGAUUCAAUACGUCAACCCAAUCUCCAGUCUAAAAAGUUGGUUUGUCGUGUAUGUCGAGAAUUGGUAGGUGCUGGGUCGACAUGAAUGUGUGGCGUCUGGCCAGCAUAGCAAAGGGUCGAAAAAAAGUUGAAAAAGAAGAGUGUCGUAGCGGUAGAAGAGAAACCUGCGCCUCUACCUCGUCAUGAAUAGCCAUCGCAGCAUUACAGACUCAUGGUGAGCCAUUCCCAUUCCUGUUGACCAGCAGUCCCGCCGCCGUUGUUCAUGUUCUGCCCCUGUGAGCCGUCACCCAUCCCACUUUGGCCGAUGCCAUAUGACAUCAUGGUUGUGGAGAUGGAUGGCAUGCUUGGAGUUGGGGCCAGCGGGCGGGAGACGUCUCCAAAGGAAUUUUGGCUGUCAAGGUCCAUACCCGGUCCCAUGUUAGUACCAUCGCUCUUGCUGUGUCGGCGCUGUCGCUUGGAGGACGCUGGUGGUCCAGGGCGAGUCAUGGAUGAUGCGCCAGGGCCAGGCGUUGACUUGGGAGGGGCUGCUGCGAUUGGGAUUACACCUUUGCCACCAGCAGCGCUAGCAGUGGCAAAGUUAGUGUAUUGCCCAGGAGCUGGGCCUGAGGCAGUUGCUGAAUUGGGGCUUUCGCCCUUCACCCCGGAUCGCUGGCUAUUCAAGUUGGUAGAGGAUGUCUGGCCCGCGGUGGCCAUGGAAAGAGUCGAAUUGUUGCGAGAUGCAGCGUUGGAACUAGUACCCUUCUUUGCGCGCGCACCUCCUUGAGUCGCGUUGUUGCCAGAGCCACGGUUUCGCUUCUUAAUGACGUCAGUCUUCAAGCUGAGGGGUCGAACGACACCGUGGAGCUUCAAAAAUAGACCACAUGCGUUGCAAAGAGGCUGGCCUUCUGGGUUUCUGCGCCACAGAGGCGUUGUUUGUGUAAAACAGUUUGUACACGUUGUAGGUCCGCUAGCAUCGCCGGGUGCCGCAUUACCUGCAGCAGCCUGCAGAUUCGUCGUUGAGCCGUGUUUGGAGCCUGGCGGUGAUGACUGUCGGCUAUGAGCUACAGAAGAGAAGCCGGACAUGGGCCCAGCCACAUCGCCAUUCGGUGAAGUGGGUAGCGACUGGCCAAGCUGGUCAAUUCCGUUGGCAGCAUUAGCCAGGUGUGCAGGUGUGGAGGCAUUGCGGGGUAACUUUGCUUUUCGUUGGUCAGAUGCCUUGAAUGACUGCGAUCGAGGCAGUCCCGAUUCGCCAGAGCUUUCGACAUAGUCUGUUGUCGUCCCACCAAUGACGACCUGCUUUCGUGGAGGCCCGCCGGGAUAGCGAGCAGACUGUGUGCUGAACUGGCCAGGUAGCGAAGUGUCCCAACCAAAUGUUGAGUUGUCCUCCAUCGCCGAUGUGAAAUCACCCUGCAUCUUGCUCUGGUUGUUCUCGUCGUCAUCUGAAUCGCCCAAGGAAAACAUACCGCCCUCCUGGCCCAUCGGUGCUCCAGGAGAGACCAUAUUAGUACCCUUGUUUUGAACAUGUGAGGGGUCUAUGUUAGCGUAGCUACCUGGCGCUGAGUUGAAAGCCGAAGCAGACUCAGAACCGGGUCCAGACGUCGGGUACAUGUUGUUGCCACUAGCAUCGUAAAACUGCUGAGGCAUGUUGGUCGCUUGCGGAAAUCCUUGCUGGCGCUGUCGAGGGUCUUGUGGGUUGAAGAAGAAGCUAUCAUUUUCGGGGAGUGGGUGAGGAGUCGAGACGGUGGAGGGGUAUGCGGACGCAGGCGGAGAGUAGAAGUCGGUAUUGAGGGACGAAGGCAUCGUGAAGUUGCCGUAGUUGCCAAGAGGGCCAUUUGUGACCAUGGGGGAGGUAGAAGGCGAGAAACCAAAGUUCUGUUGCUGGAACUGGGCCGAUCCCAUCAUGUGCUCCUGGCCCAUAAAAUCAAGCCCAAAGGUAUUGUGGCCUUGGAAGGGCUGUGACAUGUUCAUGUUUGUGCCAUCAAGUGAGUAUCCUGCCAACUCAGCAUCAGUGUCCAUUUCAGAGUUAACAUUGCCGGCAGAGCUGUUGGCGGCCAAAACGUGAGGAGAAAAGUUGGCAGGUCGCUUUCGGGUCUAUUUUGCACGUCAUGUUAGUCAAGUCAAUUCUCAUAGAGGCGCUCAUAAAAUAUCACAGCUGCUGCGAUUUUGAGCCUCAUCGUUGUCCAACUUACUCGUCGAUCGUCGAUGCUCGUCUUGCGCUGAUGUCGCUUGAUGUAUCCAAACUCAUCCGUCAUCUCACGCUGUUGUGGUACAGACGUGGGAACAAAUGAUUCGGAUUGGUUGGUCUGUUCUUUUCUUGCUUUGAUCGGAAUGCCUUGGUCUUGGGUGUCUUCCUGGAAGGCUUCUUCAAUGCCUGCCGGAGUACCGGCUUCCUCGGAGAAGACGAAAUCAUCAAUGUUCAUCUGGUCAGCAGUCUGCUGCAUCGAUGCCACUUGAGAGGAUUUGCGCAAUUGAGCAAUCCCGCUAGGACCAGACUGAACGCUUGCGGAUCGAGCGGCUCUGUAGAUGAGAGGUUGUGGUUAGCAAAUACAGCGUCCAACGAAUAAUCAUGCGCUCAAACCUGCGAGCGGGCGACCCUCAUAUUGGAGGGGAAUCGGCCACACCCCGGACUGUGGUAGCAGAAGUUUGAAUAGUCAUCAGAGACUCACUUUUGUUCAUCUUGGGAGCGCUUUCGCAUGCUCAGGGCCAUCAUGCGCCAUGUCAGGUUCUCCAUGCGCUGGGCAUUUGGCAGCUGCUGCUUUGUCUUUGUGAAAAACUUCCAGACCUGUGCGGCAAGGGGAUCUUGUUCCUGCAUCUGCUCAAUGGUAGACGGAGGAGCCUGCUCGCCCUGCUGGAAUUGCGGGAAGAGGGGAUUGCCGAGCAGGCUGUUGCCAGAGGCAGUGAGCUCCUUGCGGGCGGCGUCCGCGCGGGACGUGGAUGCGCCGCCAGAGCUCAUUUCGAAGUCAUCUUCCAUCCGAGCGCAGUUGACGGGACGGCGGCUGUGAUGAUUUUUGUGCGAAAAUCGAUGCUGUUUCUUUGUUGAGGUGGCGGCAGUAUGCAUGGAAAGACUACAAGUAGAGCCGCCCAGAGGUGAGUGUGUGCUGCCGGAUCGGAAGCGGGCGACGAGCGAAAAAGCGUAGCCAGAGAGGGGUCGUCGAGGCGGAUGGUUCGCUCGGUCGCUGCAGCAAAUAAAAUAUGAGGAUCAAGCCGCUGCUGAUGGAGACGAGCGUAGCGGACAAGAAAAACCGAGGCAGCGUGGAUGUAGAGGGCCAGCAGUCGACGUAAAAGGCAGGCUGGGGGAUUUGGCGGAGUGAAGGAAGAAAGGUAGUAGUAACGAAGACGCCCGCGACAAAAGUGUUUUCUUGGGAGAAAGCAGCUGAUUGCCGUGGUUAGCUGGGCGGGAUUCCCCUCUGGGGGAGGACACUACAGUGCUAGCAC